AAUAUGUAACAAGAUUGGUACUACAAUAUGGUGCUGAUGUGGAUUAGCCGUUCUGAAAGAUGGCGGCUGCAGUGUUGAAGACCGUCCUAAGAAGUUCUACGAGAUAUUCUUUGGACGGAAGGACUCUAUUACGGAAUAGAGCUCCAAUUAUUUAUAACAGUCAGCGAACUGCAAACGUUUGGUAUCCAGAUGAGGAAUUUAUCAAAUCCUUUGAUAAUCCCACCUUCGCCAAUGAUCAAUAUGCUAGGUGGAAGAAGUUUAAUUUCGAAGAACCUCCAGAGCCAAUUGAAAGCAGACUUAAAAAUAUUCAAAUUAAUUUUGGUCCACAACAUCCUGCAGCACAUGGUGUAUUACGUUUGAUUUUGGAGUUGGAUGGAGAAACUGUUGUAAGAGCUGAUCCACACAUUGGUCUACUGCAUCGUGGAACUGAAAAACUUAUUGAGUAUAAGACAUACAUGCAGGCUUUGCCUUAUUUCGACCGUCUAGAUUAUGUAUCUAUGAUGUGCAAUGAACAAUGUUUUUCUAUGGCAAUAGAAAAGUUGCUUAACAUCGAAGUCCCAUUACGUGCAAAGUACAUACGUACUUUAUUUGCGGAAAUUACUCGAAUCUUAAAUCACCUAAUGGCUAUCGGAACCCACAUCCUGGAUGUGGGGGCUCUGACUCCUCUAUUCUGGCUGUUUGAGGAGAGAGAAAAAUUGAUGGAAUUCUAUGAACGCGUCAGCGGUGCUCGUAUGCAUGCAGCUUAUAUUCGUCCAGGUGGUGUAUCUUUGGAUAUGCCAUUGGGACUAAUGGACGACAUAUAUGAAUUUAUAACUAAGUUUUCUGAACGUCUGGAUGAAGUUGAAGACCUUGUAACUGAAAACAGAAUUUGGAAAGCUCGUACCAUUGAUAUUGGUGUCGUAAAUGCUGAGGAUGCAUUAAAUUAUGGCUGCAGUGGUGUCAUGCUGCGUGGAUCUGGAAUUAAAUGGGAUAUUAGAAAAAGCGCACCCUACGAUGCAUACGAUUUAGUCGAUUUUGAUGUACCCAUUGGAAUGAAAGGAGAUUGUUACGAUAGAUACCUCUGUCGAAUGGCAGAAAUGCGUCAGUCCCUACGAAUUAUUCACCAAUGUCUAAAUCAAAUGCCAGCUGGUGAGGUCAGGACUGACGAUGCCAAGAUAGUACCACCAAGUCGUGCCGAAAUGAAGACAAGUAUGGAGGCUUUGAUUCAUCAUUUUAAAUUAUUCAGUCAAGGUUUCCAAGUACCACCUGGUGCCACUUAUACCGCCAUAGAAGCUCCAAAGGGUGAAUUUGGCGUUUAUCUUGUGAGCGAUGGAAGCAGCAAGCCCUAUCGUUGCAAAAUCAAAGCUCCUGGCUUUGCGCAUCUAGCUCUACUAGAAAAAAUAGGGGUAGGCCAUAUGCUCGCUGAUAUCGUAGCCAUCAUCGGUACUCUCGACGUUGUCUUCGGCGAGAUUGAUCGAUGAGCUUUUAUUGAACACAUAGUCACAAAGUAAGAACGUCAUUCGUCAUUCUCUAAUGUACGAGGGAUCUUCAUAAACCACCUAGAAAUUUUUGAAAGACCCUCAUUUGAAAAUACGAAACGUUACAAUCGAGUCCUUUCUAUUUACAUUUGCGUUGCAUUUAUGCAAAUAAAAAUCAAAAUGCAAAUGUAUAAUGUAUUCGUUAAAUUGUUACGAAAACUGUCACUAACCUGAGAAUACGGGAUUAUAAUAAAACUUAAAUUAAUAUCGCCUUUGAUUAUCACAGUUAUCAUCCUGCAGUCAGUUCCAUAUUUUAUUAAGAAUUUCUAACAAAUUCUUAAAUUUUUACCCUAGAUUCUUCUAUUAAUUUUAUAUAACUGCAAGUGCGUAUACGAUUAGGCAUCUAUAUUAAAUGAGAAAUAGUAACAAAACAUUUGGACAUCAAAACUAUUUCGGCCUACUAUUACAUCUUCAAACCAUUGUCCAGCUUUCUUCUUUCUGUUGCAUUGUCAUGUAGUAUAGAAAGCGGGCAGAAGGAAAGUAUAUACAUAUCAUGAAUGUUGGCCUUGUGCAAUAUUUCACCGUUAUAUUAUUCUAACGAAGUAGCAAGAGAACAUAAAGUAUUACAUGAAAUGGAGCAUUUUACCUGCUAGGAA